GUCGUCGGCUACCCCAGCACGGGGGGUAAUUACGCUCUUUCCUGCGACGGGGUGGAAUUGGAAUUUCUCGGCGUGGAUCGGUUCGAACGGACGUAUACGGAGCGGCGGGAUGCGGAUGCAGAGGAUGCGUUCUGUGCGAAGAUGCGGAUGCUUGGGGCGCGGCGGUGGGAAUGUGAAGUGGAUUGGGAGUUGAGUGUGAUGGAUUUGGAUUGUGAUGUGGUGGUUGCUGGGUGGCCGGCGAGUGGAGGGGUUUGGGUGUUGAAGAUGGAUGGGAGGAGGGCGAGAAGGGAGGGCGUGGGUUGUAAGGUUCGGAAUGCGCUUAGUAUGGAGGAGAGAUGUGCCGUUCUUGAGAGGUUGGGAGGAGUGUUUUAUCAGGAGCCGAGGGAUUGUAAGGAUUUAGAG